UUGUCGAGCGGAAUUCCAUUUUUCUGGUAUGAGAUUUAAAUUAUAAUACCAAGAGUGUCAUGUAUCAGCAGUCUGAUUCGAAGAUCUUGUUUAAACGAAAUAUAUGCCGAAUAUCCUGUUGUUCUGUUUGAUAUUUUUACUGAAGGCCGGAUACAGCUGGAACGGGAAUAGUUAAUUCCCAUUGCUUCCCCCACUACCAGGAUCCAGGUGGAACUGCUGUCAAUAAGAUAUGGCAUCCAUGCAGAAUGGUAAGAUGGGAAUGCAGUAUCAGCCGUAUGCCAACAGCAAUCCCAUACCGGGAGUAACAGCGGUCGGUCCGACGGCGGUGCAACCGGAUUGUCAAUAUGGAUCUCAACCUCAAGUGAUACAUCAUAAUGUUCAUCACCAACAACAACGGCAGUUACAGCAGAAACCAACCAUUCUCAACCACACAAUGAAUGGAGGGUCCGUAAUGUCACCAAUACAAUACCACCAACCAGUCCAGCAGCAGCAUCUUCCACCCCCACAGAAGACAUGGCUGUUGGUCGAAUGGGAGAUGCCACCCGGCGAACCCAAUACCUAUACCGCGAUUGACUCAUCGGAACUUGUACUUCACAGUACCGAGGGUGGCGUAAAGGAGACUAUCAGCACGGGCAAAACUAUUUUCGUUAAACGAGGCAAGAGGGUGCAACAAGCGACUGUGGUUAUCAUCUCCGAGGACAAACAUUUCAUCGACACCGAGGUGAUGCAACUCCGCAAGAUGGCGGCAGAAAACCUUCAACUACGAAAUCAGGAUCACUGCAAUCGGAACGGAAUGAUUCCGGACGUGGGUUACGCCAACAAGCGACGUCGUUUGCCCACCACUCCUUCCGGAUCGGACGAAGCCGAACCGGUCAGUCCCGAGUACGAUCCGCUUGGUGUGCAGUCACAAAUUGCAACCGCCAAUUGGGUUAGCAAGUGCAAGACGGAACGAGUGCUAUCACCCUCGCCGUCUGUACGGUCCGCGCACACAUCAGUCGUCGUACCGAGCAAACCUCCCCCGAUGACGUUCGAUCAGCAGACCCAAACUGAUGCGAAGUUUUUCCCAUCCCAAGACGGUGGACAGUUGAGCAAGAUACUGUCGAUCCAGGAGACAAUCUUGGCAGAACAAAAAAGUGUUCGAAUGGAAAACGAAUACAACAGAAAAAUAAUGUUCGACAUAGUAGAACAACUCAACACUUUCUCGGAAACAUUGAAGAACUUGGAGGCAAAGGUAAUGGUUGAUAACACUAGGUUUGAAGUUACGGAAGUGGUUAAACAUCCCUCUACUGUUGGUAGUUAUGUAAUAUUGGGAACUGGCGACGAGGAAAGUCGCGAUCCUCAAAUUCACACAGCGCCUCAAAAACGCACACUGUCGAAUGAAAGUGAAAAUAACAUGCAUAUUGACAGUCUUAGUCUGCAGGACGAUAGUAGCAUGUCACUCAGCCAAAGCAAAUUCUCUGUACAAGAGGAAACAUCAUCAGCAACAUCUACGCCAAAGAAUCUCAACUUCUCCAAGCGGCCUUCAUCAUCUGCUUUGAGCGUGAGCAACGUGAGUGUCUAUUCGCCAAUUGGAAACACCAACAACUCGACCGUCAACGACGUUUUGAAGGAUUGGAAUGAUGACGAUGGCGAUGACAAUGAAUUGACUCCAAUUGGGCCAAAUAACACAAUGGUAAAGAGGCAGAUUCUUCGUGCAAUCAACUGGACCAAUUAUAAAGCAGCUACCAGGAAACUGUUGAUGACUCUCUUCACUCGUGAAAUACUAUCAUCGCAUACCCUCACAGGGCGCCCAUCACCGGCUUUCAUGGGAGAUCGUGCGAAACCAGUUAAAGAUAAAUUAGAUCAGAAAAUCAUAGCAGAUAUUAUAGCAAUCGUAACGAAGACAUGCAGCGUGUCUGAACCAAUGGUUCGGACAGCAAUCACCACCAAAUGUGCCGAUGAGAACAAAAUGAGCAGAAUGAAGAGCGGCAAGGCAGCAUCACAAACCAUCAUGACACGGUAUAUCCGUGGUACCGCAGAAGAUAACCAGGGCCAAAGUCAAAUUCCCCCGGAAUCUCCUAUUAUACACUCGAAACGCAUCAAGCGAGAGAACAAAGAGAAUGUUCAGUGAUAUAUACAUACAAGAGAAAAGACUGCAACUAGAAACAUUUGCCUGAUUACUCCAUAACGCCACUUUCGAGGCUGCCAUAGCUUUUGAAUACCUGAAAAUAUUAUAACUUAUAGCUUAGAAGCACACAAUCUCCUGCCUAGACAAUUUUUAAAGUGUUACUGUGACUGUUAUAUGCACUUUUUUAAAUGUUGAAAUGCGUUUUUGUACAAAACAUGUUGAGAACAGCAAAUUCUAGAAAUUUAUAAAGGUUCAACACUUAAUGGAAACGACACUAAGAGUAAGAUAUACAAAGAUAAAUUAUAGGAUGUCAUAAAAUUAAUUAUAUUAUUAAAAAAAUAAUAUGUGGA